UGUUUGAAAAAGAUGUCUCCCGGAUUGGAUGCUUUCAUUGUUCCCCUGCUGUCUACCCCCUACAGACACUACAGGAGGUGGUAGUGUGUCUCGGCCUAAACCCUUCAGAAAACCAAUAAAUACAUUCGAACUCCUUCUACUAGGUACGGAGGGGUCGGGGAAAUCCACAUUUAUCAAACAAAUGCAGGUCAUCCAUGGGAUGGGGUUCACGACAGAGGAGAGGAGAGAAUUCAUUUCUCAUGUUCAUGACAACAUUUUUGAUGCUAUGAUAAUACUUGCCACACAAAUAUUCAAGUAAAUA